UCGCCUGAUCGUUCGUCUGUCGAAAGUCGUUUCCUAGUUGAAUUGUGCAUUGGUAUUUUGUCCGUUCGCCAUGCAUCGAUUAUUGUGCUUCGCUCUCUUGCUCAUCGUUUUUCCAUUUGCCAUGCAACAGACGGCGGGGAGAGGGGCGUGUAAAUGCGGUGUGUUUCCAAUGGAGAUGUCGAAGUUGAUCAUCGAACGGUCGCUUGAGUUGAACGUCACCUGUGACAGCGAAGGGGAGGAGAAGUGUCUACGCUUGUGCGCCGCUUUGGCGGAGAGUGUGCGGGAGAAGGCGCCGCAUUUGAUCUGCAAAAAACUCAACGUGCAAGUGGAAAAUAUGUGGGUUGAAGUCUACGCGAGGAUCUGCGACGCGACUGCCUGGAAGUUCACCGGCCUGAGGAGCGCGGAACCGCUUUGCUGUCAUGAUGGGAAGUCGAUACCUUGCAGAGAGUUAGCUGCAUCGAUCGUCGAUUAA